UCAAUUGGGUAAAAUUUGUUGAAUUUUUCGCAAGUGCUCCGACAAAUCUCUCAAAUUUUCAUAGAAAACCCGUAAAAAUGGCUGCAAUUUCGCUGUUGAACCCCAAAGCUGAGUUUGCUCGUGCCGCUCAAGCACUCGCCUUGAACAUUUCCGCCGCAAAAGGCAUCCAGGAUGUCAUGAGAACGAAUUUGGGACCAAAGGGAACAAUGAAAAUGUUGGUUUCGGGUGCCGGCGACAUCAAAAUCACGAAAGACGGCAAUGUUUUGUUGCACGAAAUGCAAAUUCAGCAUCCAACUGCUUCGCUCAUCGCUCGUGCAAGUACAGCUCAAGACGAUAUCACGGGAGACGGUACAACUUCGACCGUUUUGAUCAUCGGCGAGUUGUUGAAACAAGCGGAUUUGUACAUUGGCGAAGGAUUACAUCCGCGCAUCGUCACCGAAGGUUUCGAACAAGCUCGUGCCCAAGCCCUGAAGAUUUUGGAAGACUUGCGACGUCCCAUCGAGAUUGAACGCAAGAAUUUAUUGGAUGUCGCUCGUACUUCAUUACGUACAAAACUCCAUCCGUCUCUCGCUGAUGUCUUGACCGACAUUUGUGUCGACGCUGUGUUGGCAAUUCGUCAAGAAGGCAAACCCGUCGACUUGCACAUGGUUGAGUUGAUGGAAAUGCAACACAAGAGCGCCACAGAUACGCAAUUAAUCAAGGGUUUGGUCUUGGAUCAUGGCGCACGUCAUCCCGAUAUGCCCAAACGUCUCGAAAAUUGCUACAUUUUGACGUGCAACGUCUCCUUGGAGUACGAAAAAACCGAAGUUAACUCGGGAUUCUUCUACAAAACGGCAGAGGAACGCGAAAAAUUCGUCUUGGCUGAACGGGAUUUCAUCCAACAACGCGUUCAAAAAAUUAUCGCGUUGAAAAAGAAACUUUGCGACGGCACAGACAAGACUUUUGUCGUUAUCAAUCAAAAAGGCGUCGAUCCAAUGUCUUUGGAUGCACUCGCCAAGGAGGGAAUUAUGGCUUUGCGACGUGCCAAGCGUCGUAAUAUGGAACGUCUUGCUCUCGCAUGCGGCGGAAUUGCCCUCAACUCGCUCGAUGACAUCCAAGAAGAUCAACUCGGGUAUGCCGGACUCGUGUAUGAACACGUUUUGGGCGAAAACAAAUACACGUUCGUCGAAAAUUGCAAAAAUCCGUUGUCUGUGUCGAUUUUGAUGAAAGGCCCCAAUAAGCAUACUUUGACUCAACUCAAGGAUGCCGUUCGUGAUGGUUUGCGUUCGAUCAACAACGCCAUCGAGGACAAAUGUUUGAUCCCAGGAGCAGGCGCUUUUGAAAUUCGUGCGAAUAAUGCUUUGAAAAAAUUCGCUGAAGGCGUAAAAGGCAAACAAAAACUCGCUGUGCAUGCAUAUGCGGAUGCUUUGUUGGUAAUUCCCAAGACACUCGCCGUUAAUUCAGGUUUUGACAGUCAAGACUCGAUUGUGCGCUUGUUGGAGGAAGACGCCUUGAACACGGAGCCAAUUGGAUUGGAUCUCAGUACGGGCGAACCCAUGAAACCCGUGGAUUUGGGCGUUUACGACAAUUACGUCGUGAAGAAACAAAUCAUCAACUCCUGUACCGUCAUCGCAAGUAACCUCCUGCUCGUCGAUGAAGUCAUGCGGGCUGGCAUGAGCAGUCUUAAAGGCUAAAUUUCACGAUCAGGAAUCGUUUUCGAUGAAAAUCAUCCAUAAAAAAUUUUUGCUUUUAAUUUUUUUGCACCCCUCUCACUUAAUUGAUCGUACGCUUUCACGCAAAUUAACU